AUGCUGGCCUGGGUGCCGCGGGCGCUGCUCGGCUUGCUUCUGCCCACACUGCUGGCGCCACGGGGAGAAGCCAAGCACAGGGGGGACCCCCAGCCCCCCAACGCCUCCAGGCCGGCUCUUCUGCGGCUGUCAGAUCACCUGCUGGCCAACUACAAGAAGGGUGUGCGGCCCGUGAGGGACUGGAGGACACCGACCACCGUGUCCAUCGAUGUCAUCCUCUAUGCCAUCCUCAGUGUGGAUGAGAAGAAUCAGGUCCUGACCACCUACAUCUGGUAUCGGCAGUACUGGACCGAUGAGUUUCUCCAGUGGGACCCCGAGGACUUUGACAACAUCACCAAAUUGUCCAUCCCCACAGACAGCAUCUGGGUCCCAGACAUCCUUAUCAAUGAGUUUGUGGACGUGGGGAAGUCUCCAAACAUCCCGUAUGUGUACGUCCGGCAUCACGGCGAGGUCCAGAACUACAAGCCCCUCCAGGUGAUGACCGCCUGCAGCCUGGACAUCUACAACUUCCCCUUCGAUGUACAGAACUGCUCGCUGACCUUCACCAGCUGGCUGCACAACAUCCAGGACAUCAACAUCUCCCUGUGGCGCCUGCCCGAAAAGGUGAAGUUCGACAGGAGCGUCUUCAUGAACCAGGGCGAGUGGGAGUUACUGGGGGUGCUGACCCAGUUUCAGGAGUUCAGCAUAGAGAGCAGCGACAGCUACGCAGAGAUGAAGUUCUAUGUCGUCAUCCGCCGCCGGCCCCUCUUCUAUGCGGUCAGCCUGCUUCUGCCCAGUAUCUUCCUCAUGGUCGUGGACAUCGUGGGCUUCUACCUGCCUCCGGACAGUGGCGAGAGAGUUUCCUUCAAGAUCACGCUCCUCCUGGGCUAUUCGGUCUUCCUGAUCAUCGUGUCCGACACGCUGCCGGCCACGGCCAUCGGCACGCCCCUCAUCGGUGUCUACUUCGUCGUCUGCAUGGCUCUCCUGGUGAUCAGCUUGGCCGAGACGAUCCUCAUCGUGCGGCUGGUACACAAACAGGAUCUGCAGCAGCCCGUGCCCGCCUGGCUGCGCCACCUGGUUCUUGAGAGAGUCGCCCUGCUCCUCUGCCUAGGGGAGCAGUCGACUCCCCGGAGGCCCCCGGCCACCUCCCAAGCCGCCAAGACCGAUGACUGCUCAGACAUGGGAAACCACUGCAGCCAUCUGGGGGGACCCCGGGACUUGGAGAAGACCCCGAGGGGCAGAGGCAGCCCUCCCCCGCCGCCUCGGGAGGCCUCCCUGGCGGUGCGGGGGCUGCUGCAGGAGCUGACCUCCAUCCGGCACUUCCUGGAAAGGCGGGAGGGGAGUCGGGAGGUGGCCCGGGACUGGCUGCGUGUGGGCUCCGUGCUGGACCGGCUGCUCUUCCGCAUCUACUUGCUGGCGGUGCUGGCCUACAGCAUCACCCUGGUCACACUCUGGUCCAUUUGGCAGUAUUCCUGA